CCCCCCUCUACGCAAUAAAUGUUUGAUGUUCCACUCUCACGGUUCCAAAAAUUUUGACAAAUCCGAAAAUGUCAAGGCGACGACACCGUUUCAAAGCGUCUGGCUUCUUCUGUCCAACAGUCAAAAUUUAAUUUCAAUUCUUUAGUUGGGCCUCCGUUUCCCCAAAUUUCUCCAAUUAUUUUGAAAAGUUUAAUUGAAGCUGCAGCUCCUUUUUUCUAAACGUUCUCAAUCCCAAAUAACAAAUUUUUCUUUUUCAAAAAAAAAAAAAAAAGUUGUUUCAUAAUUCUCGUAGUCACUUGGAUACGAAUCGAAGCGAACAAAAAUAGCAAACCAGAUUCCCCUCCAUAUCUGCGACGAAUACUGAAGAAUCCCACAUGGUCAAACACUGAAAGACACUGAGAGAAAGGGAGGAAAAAGGGACAGAGAGGAAAGGGGGGAACUGGAGGUACAAUACAAUUAUACAGACAAAUUUUACUCUGUUUUUUUCUUUUUUCUGUAAUGUGAUGUGAAUCUGAAGCAAAGAAGAAAAAGGGGAGGGAGAGAGAAGCAUCUUUUUUUUCCUUUUUUUUUUGCUGGCCAUUAAUCACCUCUCUGUCAUCAUAUUGUUGUUUGCUCGUCACGAGGAAAAGCAAAAGCUCGAAACUUUUUCACUUAAUUUAAUAUUUUUGGGGUUAUUUAUUGUUGUUGUUUUCGGCAAAUGCAUGGGUACAUGGGACACCAGCACUCCGCCGUAGGAUGAGUAAAGCGAAGAAGAAAAGAAGGGGCGAAAGAAAUUACUACUUGAAAUCUGAGCUGCUCACCAAAAAAAAUCCCUCUUCCUUUUUCGCCGUCCCUUUUUGUGCCGCCGAAUAUGGCUGACGACGUCUACUCCUACGUCAAGGAUGCCUUGCUUAAGCCUCCCAGGAACUCUCCAUUGUUAUUGAGAAUGGUGGUAUUGACAUUUUCAAUGGUGUGUGGAGUUUAUAUAUGUUCUAUAUGUCUUAAGCAGAGUAGUGCCAACUCUGCAGGACGCCUAUUAAAUGUCCAAGUGGUGAGGCCAUGUGAAAAACCCUAUGUCGAGCCUUCAGAAAGACGUUUCAUACACUUCCCAAAACCUGAAACUUUUAACAGGGCCGAGUGCGCUUGCAACCCUGUGCGUUUUUUUGCAAUUUUAUCAACACAGAGAUCAGGGAGUGGAUGGUUUGAAACAUUGCUGAACAGUCAUAUCAACAUUAGCUCUAACGGGGAGAUUUUCUCAGUUAAAGUGAGAAAAUCCAAUAUUUCAACAAUUGUUGAGACUUUGGAUAAACUCUACAAUCUAGAUAUUAACACUAGUGCUUCCAAGAACGAGUGCACUGCUGCUGUUGGAUUGAAGUGGAUGCUUAAUCAAGGUCUGAUUCAGCAUCAUGACCAAAUAUUGGAGUAUUUCAAUAGAAGAGGAGUUUCCUUGAUUUUCCUCUUCAGAAGAAAUCUUUUGCGAAGGAUGAUCUCAAUUCUUGCAAAUUCAUUCGAUCAAAACGCCAAGCUGCUGAAUGGCACACACAAAUCACACGUGCAUUCAUCGCAUGAGGCUGAGAUACUGGCAAAAUACAAGCCUACUAUUAAUGCCACAAUGCUGAUACCCAGCCUGAAGCAAGUAGAACAGAUGGUUACUGAAGCUUUAGGAUACUUCAAGAGCACUAGACAUAUUGUCCUCUAUUAUGAGGACAUAAUAAAAAACCGAACUGUGAGACAUCUAUCUAUCCACUCUCGCCUUGGAUUUGUCAUUGUUGAAAGCUAAUGUAGAAUUUUUCUGUGCAGAAAUUGUUAGAUGUUCAAGACUUUCUCAAGGUUCCGCGCAUGGAAUUAAGUAGUCGUCAGGUGAAAAUACACAGGGGUUCCUUGUCUUCUCAGGUCGAGAACUGGGCAGACAUUGAAAAGACACUCAAGGGAACACCUUACGAGAGCUUCUUACGGUCAGAUUACGAGAUGUAGAAUGUUCAUAGCUUUCUGUAAAUAUGCUGUGUUAAUUUUUUUUUUUCUUGAAUCGUAUUCCAUUCGUUUAUUUGUGUUAGCAGUAGCAGCUAACCGCCGGGGAAACAACUCCCUGUUCAAAUUUUGAGCCACAGCCCGUAGCUUACCACAUCUGCUGUCCUAUAAGUCUGUAACCACAUCAUAGAGAGAGAGAGAGAGAGAGAGAGAAAAGAAACUGACAUCCAAAGUGGACAAUGUUAUUUUCUUCUGAGAAAACUGUGUUGUAGUUAUAAUUUUCUUGCCAUUUUGAGAGUUACUAGUUUUCAUGUCCAGAAAUGUGUAGCAUAGCCAUUUGAGCAUAUACCCCUUUGAAGUUUGAACACGGUUUCUGAAAAAAGAUGAAAAGCACAUCUUGUUUGAAUUUUGGGAAAAACUGAGAAAAUCUACCAUUUGUUUCCAGUGGAUUUGGUUUGUUUUUAUGCUCAACUUGUUAAGAAG